GAAGGUUACGUAGGUAAAAAAAUGUUGUGUGAUGAUAUUCGUGAUAGUGAAUUACUUGGUUGUGAUCUACUUUGAAAUGUAGAAUUUCUACAAUAAAAACGUAAACUAUCACAUAAUUUAGCAUAUAAUUUAUGAGGCUUGCAAAUUCCAUGACCUUAUAAUAGACACCAAUUUCGUAUUGGUGAUUAAAUGCGUUAAGAACUGAAGACCUCAAAUAAGUAAACUUCCAUAUCAUUCAUAACUCAUAACAAGCAAUUAAUUAGAAAAAAUGUGGAUGCCUACUCAUGUUCAAGUAACAGUGCAAAGAGCGGCUGACCUUCUGACGAAGGGUAAAAAUAAUACCAAUGAUUGCUUCGUGACAAUUGCAUUGGGCAAAACCAAGUACCAAACAUCUGUUAAAGAGAAAGCAGAACCCUCGGUCGAGUGGCAUGAAGAAUGUGAACUGUUAAUACCCGAUCAAGGAAAUACAGCUGUUAUUAUCUUGACAGUGUUACAUAGAAACUUUCUUGGUGUCGAUGAGUUUCUCGGUAGAGUCGAAAUCCCGUUAAAUCAGCUAGAUGUUUACGAACGGCCAAAAAACCGAUGGUAUACAUUACAAAGCAAACCAGGAAAAGAAGGCAAACACAAGGAACGAGGAAAGUUAGAAGUAAAAACAGCGUUCAUUGUCAAGUCAGGCAGUCUGACUGAUUUAACUAAAAAGGAUAAACACAAGUCUUCCAUUGGCCAUCUUUCACAUUUAGCGCAAUCCGUCGGCGGCAGCCUGUUAAGUAUAAGUAGUAUCGACAAACGUAAAGGAAUUAAAAAAAUCGCGAAAUCCCUCGGUUCCAAAAUGCAUCUCAAGGGCAAAAAGAAAGACGUCGACCUUGACGAUGCGUCAUCGAUCGGUAGCAUCGGCAGUUUGCAGCGCCGCAAUGACAACUUAAAUAUAAAUUAUAAAACAAAACAAACCAGAGAAGAUGCAGAUCCUGGUGUGGUUAGUGAGGAUGAGGACGAUUUUACGUUUGACGAUUUGUCACAUAAAAGCUCCGGAAGCUCCUUAAAUCACAUGGUGACACAAACAGGGAUAGUAACCAGCACCUCUGUAACAUCCCUAGAAAAUGUGGCACCCGUUGAAGCGGCUCGUAAAAAUUCCGCCGGCCAUGUGGCGCCAGUUAAACCACCGCGCGCUGAACAAAAAGGUCAAGACGAAUGGGAACUGAAACUAUACGGCAAACAAUCAAAAAAUCUAUUAAAACCGAACAGUACCGAAUCGUUGAAUAAAAAACCGUGGGAAUCUCCUAAAUUGGAAGCCCAAAUUGAGGAGGACGAGGUGAUCGAAUUUCGUGUGCCCGUUACCAAAGAGGAUGACAGUUUUAAUUACGCUAAUUCUCCCGUGUUACCAAAGAAGGAAGAAAAGGAGAGUAUGCUAUCCAAAUUGAAAAAAAUCCGAAAAGAUAAAUUAGAAAAGUUUCACUUGAAUUCCCAAGAACGGAUAAUUAUUGGGGGCGAAACCGAGGUCAAAGUGACAGGUAACAAUAAGGCAUCCAAUGAAAUUUUGCAGAAGUUUGAUGGAAAAUCACGAGAGGAUUUAAUUCUACUUGUGUGCGACAUGCAAGGUGAACUGGAACAUAGUAGGAAAAAAAUGUCUGAUCUGGAGGAUUAUUUGGACGAGCUAUUGUUGAGAGUAAUGGAGACGACGCCGAGAAUUUUACAAAUACCGUACGUUGGGUGCAAAAUGGGCAACACAAAGUUGAUUUAAAGAUUUUAUAUUGUGUAUUAUUGAUUUUUAACAAAAUUUUAUUUAUUAAACACCAAAUUGAUCUAAUCAAAUAGAGCUUUAUACGUAUUUUCAUUUGUAGAUUUUUAUCUUACAAUUAAUUUAUUAUUAUAUACCAUACUACUAACCGAUAUUGUUAACACUUCUUCAAUUACUCAGGCAUGUUUCAAAUAUUGACAUUUGCGUGAAGGAGGUGGUUACAUAAAUUUAUUUUCAUACAUAAAUUGUUUAAAAGUUU